GAGUGAAUAUCUGGUGGUGUAGUGGAGUGGUGUAUGAGUGUGUGCGGUCGGACUGUGGUUGUGUUUCAGCCGUGCUAGUGUUGAUAACGACAGACUCAGGACGCGUUUCAUCGCAGAGAGAUGGGAAUUCAGAAGAAAUGGCUCUGAAACAAACCAUUCUAACGCUGCUGGCCCUGGUCGCGGUAUCCGCCGUCGGUCAUGCUCUGCGUUGUAACUGCACAAACUGUGAGAAGACUGGUUAUGAGUGCGAGACCGAUGGCGCCUGCAUGGCUUCAACAUACUACAACCAGGGGAAGCAGCAGCAACAUGUACGCAUCUGUAUCACCCGGGACAACCUGGUCCCGCCUGGACAGCCUUUCUACUGUCUGAGCGCUGAAGGGGUGCUCAACACGCAUUGCUGCUAUGUAGAUUACUGCAACAGUAUUGAUCUGAAAGACCCAGUUCCGACCAAGGCAGGGAGUGACUGGACAGGCCAAGGCAGUCCUUGGGGGCCAGUGGAGCUGGUGGCGGUCAUCGCAGGGCCAGUGUUUCUGUUAUGUGUGCUUUUGAUGGUCGGCGUGUUCCUCUUCCAGUAUCACCAGAGGGCCUACAGCCACAGGCAGAGGCUGGAGGUAGAGGACCCCUCCUGUGACCAUCUGUACAUGGCCAAGGACAAAACCCUGCAGGACCUCAUCUAUGACAUGUCCACCUCUGGAUCUGGCUCAGGUUUGCCACUGUUUGUGCAGCGGACGGUGGCCAGGACUAUUGUGCUACAGGAGAUAAUAGGAAAGGGUCGGUUUGGUGAAGUGUGGAGAGGGAAGUGGCGCGGGGGAGACGUGGCGGUGAAAAUCUUCUCAUCCAGAGAGGAACGCUCCUGGUUCCGAGAGGCCGAGAUCUACCAGACAAUCAUGCUACGACAUGAAAACAUCCUCGGAUUCAUUGCUGCAGAUAAUAAAGAUAACGGCACAUGGACUCAGCUGUGGCUCGUGUCGGACUAUCAUGAGCACGGCUCUCUGUUUGAUUACCUGAACCGCUACUCCGUCACCAUCGAGGGCAUGAUCAAACUCGCACUGUCGGCAGCCAGCGGCCUGGCACACCUACACAUGGAGAUCCUCGGCACUCAGGGUAAGCCUGGUAUCGCUCACCGUGACCUCAAGUCUAAAAAUAUCCUGGUUAAGAAGAACAACGUGUGUGCCAUCGCUGACCUCGGUCUGGCCGUCCGCCACGAGUCCAUCACAGACACAAUCGAUAUAGCACCGAACCAGCGCGUGGGCACUAAGAGGUAUAUGGCUCCAGAGGUUCUGGACGAAACCAUCAACAUGAAGCACUUUGAUUCCUUCAAGUGUGCUGACAUUUACGCGCUGGGCCUGGUCUACUGGGAAAUUGCGCGCCGCUGCAACACGGGAGGCAUUCACGAGGAGUACCAGCUGCCCUACUACGACCUCGUCCCGUCAGAUCCCUCCAUAGAGGAGAUGAGGAAGGUGGUGUGUGACCAGAAACUGAGGCCCAACGUGCCCAACUGGUGGCAGAGCUACGAGUCGCUGCGUGUGAUGGGGAAGAUCAUGAGGGAGUGCUGGUACGCCAACGGAGCGGCCAGACUCACCGCCCUGCGCAUCAAAAAGACUCUGUCUCAGCUCAGCGUGGAGGAGGACGUCAAGAUGUGAGCGCCGGGGCGACCCCGGGGGAGGAGGGGGGGGGAGACGCGCUGGAGACGCACAGCCAGACCCCACAGAAACACUCCGAUAGGAAACAAACACUAAAGACAGACUGCAAAGACAAAAAAACCCUGCCAGUUUUAAAGCCACACUCCAAGUUGUGACAAGGCCUACCUCACCUUUUUAGCCAAAACUACUGAGAAUCCCCCGCCCCCACCAGAACAUUUCUCCCCCCUGCCUUCCUUUGACCCUUGUGUUUCCUUCCUGUGCCCGUUGACCCCUCCCCUCUCCUCCCUCCCUUCCCUUCUCCAUGGGCCACAACACCACAGCACUACCACUGUUAAUAUCAUCUCACUUGACCUUUUUUCUGUUUUCCAUUAACCAUGGCAGGAAUUAUUUCUAUUGUACAGUGAUGGGAUUUUUUUUCUUCUGUUUUUUUUUUGUUUUGGUUUUUACCUCUGAAACUUUCCCAUGAUGGACAAACCUUGUCCAGAAGAGUCGAGCAUGUUGCAGGUUUAUAAGUUUUUAAAUAGCACGCGUGUUCUGUUGGCCAUUCUGUCACUGAGUGUGUGUGUGUGUGUUAGGGGGCGUCGUUUCUGUGGCUACAUCCACACUACUGCAUUUAUGUCUAAAGCCACACACGUAAAAAGACAAUAAUUACUCAUUGCAUUUAAAUCUGCUUCCUGUUUACACCUGAAUGGUCAUAUAUUCUGGUGUGUUAUUAAGGACGCAGAUUAAUCCUGAUAUGGUGCUUCAGUGUCCGUUUUGGACACGGAUUAAGUAUUCGUAGUAUGGAUGUAGCCCAAGACACUGGUACGCCCUCUGGUAUCAACUGUAGUUGUAGACAAAAGCGGCACGAGCGGCUACGUCGUGCUUUCGCUAAAAAAAAAAUUCAAAUAAAAAAAAAAAUCCCACAGACAGAAAUGUAACUGGAGCUUCCUCAUCACGCGACGUGUGAGACGUGUGAGACAUGUGAGACCUCGCCUCAUCAGGGACGUGGUUCCCGUCCUGGUGUUAGUUUGAAAUGUGGCAGGGAAUAAUGUUUGGGAUGGUUUUUUUUCUUUGUUUUUAUUAUUUAUUUGUCGAUUUUGAUAUUUUUUAUUUCAUAUUGAUGAACACUGUGAGAUGAGAUGUGUGUGUUGGGGGUGGAAUGUAACGUUCACCGUUAUUCUUCUUCAGCGGACGUCGGGGUGGACGUAGCCAUAACCCCGCAGGUGAGCGCUAAUGACAUCAUGCAAACUGAGCAAAUAAGAAGCGUAUGAAAAUGGCAAUGAAUUUAGUUUUGGGUGUUUUUCCAGAUAUGUUUUGUGUUUUAUGUAAAGAUAUCAUGAUGAGUGUUUUUCCUUUUUGACAUUAGACACUACUGAUGGGUACAUAUGAUUUGUGUAUAUAUAAAAACAUGCAUUUGUUCCUUUUAUACCACAAGCACCAGUGUGAUUUGUUGUUGUUUUGGCUUGAAUGGUACUUUUCAGAAGUCUUUACUGUGAUCUGUCUGCAUGGUUUCCAACUGUGCCAGGAAAUAGUCUGUGUCACCUGCUGGAAUUUGUUUUUCACGUGCUCCCCUCAUGGCAGUUUGGUGGUACUACUGAUCCCAGUUCAUUUUUUAUUUUAUUUUAUUUUUUUUAAAUCUACAAUUGUUAGAAACACUUUGAGUUCUCGUCAGAGCUCGGUAAUGCAUCUCCUUCUCAUUUACACUGGAAUAUCAAGGAGCGGAUUCUCUUUUAUUCUGGUGUUUUACGACUGUUGACACAUAUACAGUAUGACGUAGUCGAGGACUGACACGCUGUAAAGUAAAAGUGCACGUUUUCCUUCUACUUUGUUGCCUGCAGCUGUGAGUAGUGGCCACACACACACACACACACAAAGUAUUAACACUGACAUGUUGUCACCAUUGGGCUGUGCACUGUUACGUCCACAUGGACUUCAGUUAAUGUUGGUUUAUUCCAUCACUUGACCCAGAAUCCAUGUCCUGUGAGUAACCAUUUUGCAUGCAGUCUCAAACACUGGGUCCUCUACUCUGAGGUAAAUUAACGUCCCCUCCUCCUCCUACCUGGUUCCUUUUUUCUUUCCUUUUUUCUUUUUAAUCUCCCUUUAGUUCAGGUUGUUGGUUGUGUACCCCAGAAAUGUUGCUGCUAUUGUAAACAUGGGUAGAUGUCCAGCAGAGGAGGAGGAGAGACAGACUGCUGUCAGUUGAAGCAAAAUUGUCAAAAAAAAAAAAGAGAAUCUCACCCUGUCCAUGUUUGGUUUGUUGCCAUCAGACAUCAUGUUCAUGUAUGUAAUACUUCAAGAUUUUCAGAAAUCAUGUUGUGCAAAAUCUUUUCAGAAUUAGUUGAAAACAUGUAUAUAGAUGAUGAUAAAACAUUAAAUUCCUCUUUUUCUUA